UCUGCCAUAAGGUGAUAUGCAUCGAUCUCAAAAUUAUAAAUUAAGUACUAAGAAUCUACAUGCACUGUAAUCAUGCGGUCGUCCAAUUUAACCGGAACUGGGAAACUUUUAUAAAGUGCAGAAGCAUGUCUACCAAACAAAGAUCCUUUAAGAAUGGCUCUAUGUCAGCGCAGCGUCCAAGCAUUGGAGAGCAGAGGUACUCGAGGCGCACUGUCCUACCGACGCCGAGUCUGCCGAGGAAUUCACCCUCUGAAAAUGAGUACUGCGCGAAUUGUCUCGCAUUCGAAAUGGAACAGACGAGGCCAUGACCGGUGCAGGAUUUGCAAACGAAGUCACCACACGCUACUCCGUAUGACAGAGCCUCCCAGUACCCAGCGGCGUUCCGCUGCUCAACGACGGACCGCUUCUCAGCAGCGUUCGCGCCGGCAAGAUCCACAACCCGCCAAGCGCUUGCCCCUCCAAAUCGCUCGGCAUCCUCCGCUUCUCGACAGCGCUCGCGCCGGCAAGAUCCGCGAAUUCGCAGAGCGCUCGCUUCUCCGCCGCGCCAUAGUUAUUCUGGAGACCGGGCUGAAAACCUUUGUCAUGGCCGCUCUCAUUGACCCGUGCACUCCGACGAGCUGCAUUGACGCGUCCCUGGCGUCCGCCUUUCGGUUGCCGACAACCAGUGUCGGCGACGAGAAGGUUUGGACGGCGACGGUUCGGUCGAAGGUCAACGAAGGUACCAAGCUGGAGGUAAUCCUGAAGGUUAAGCCGAACGUCCGCAUCCGCACCCCAAUCCGAGCGAUCCCUGAGAUGGUCGUCGAGAAGUCUAAGGAUCUCCCGUUGGCUGUCAAGUGGUUCUACCUGACGGCAACGAUUUCCCUGAUCCUGGGUGCGGAAGUGUAUUCAUCUAAGUCAUCCAGCCAGGGUUCCAUCUGGUCGACGAAGGACGAAGGCCCGUGGCCCAAAAAACAACAUUCGGCUGGAACCUCUCCGGGGCCUGCAACCAGGGCCAGUGAUGUUGCAACUCCAGUGUUUGCAAGGGGAGCGGAAAGUGCAGGCCGCGAAGCACCCGCUCUGGAUGCUUGCGCUUCCAGGCUUUCCCGCUGUCCCGCUGUAGGCAGUUCGGUAUUGCCGCCAUGUCCAGCCACCGCCCCACUACCAGCGCCACCACUACCAGCGCCACCACAGACCCACCGCUAGCCCGCAGGCGUACAGUAUUUAACAAAGAAACAGGAAAAAUAGUAGUCUACGCAUGAAAAAAUAUAAAUAUAGCAAAAGUCAAAACAAUUUUCAAAUUAAUC